AUGCAGGGAACACAGGCGUCUCGAUACCGCACGGUCGAACUAAAGCUCCUCGUCGACUGCGGCAUCUUUUUCUCCUACAACAACACUACCCCUCUUCGCCAGCUCCCGCUUCUGGAUCCCGAACGCCGCAGACUCCCCAAAGCCAUUCCACCACACAUACUGCCACCGUUGGUGGCUUUGUCCAGCCAAACCAUAUCGACGCCUCCUGUGUCUCUGGCCGAAAAAGUUGGUAUCCUGACUCUGUAA